CACGUCGGACACUUCCUUCACUGCUACUUCUCCCUCCUUCCCUUUUGUGUCUGUCUUCUCCCCAAUCUCGCCGCGCCAGCCUCAAACCCCACAGCGGCCACCGCACCGCCUCUCCACCUUCCUCCCCCCCUCCCACGGCCGCCGCCAUGAAACCCAGCAGCCCCACCGCCGCCGUCGGCACCGCCUUACACUUAGUCAAAACCCCCAACUUCGUCAAAUUCGCUGCCGUCGCUCUCCUCUCCCUCUCCGUCUCCCUCCUCUUCUACCACCACCCUUCCUUUCCCUCCGCCGCCUUCUCCGCAUUCACCUUCGCCUCCAACUCCUCUCCCACCGCCGUCCCCGCCAAUUCCACUUCUACCGCCCUCAACUCCACCUCCAUCGCCGCCAACACCACUUCCAUCGCGUCCAACUCCUCCUCCCCCUCCUCUGCUAUACUCAAAGUGAAGAAACUUCCUCCAUCAGUGGCGCAGAGGACGGGGAUAGUGGACGAGAACGGGGCCAUGACCGAAGACUUCGACGUCGGCGAGUUCGAUCCCAGCUUGAUGGAGGAGCUCAGGGAUCUUGGGGGAGGACCAGAAGAAACAGAGAAGAGGAAUGAACCGGAAAUAGUCAAGUACGAUAAGUUCAAACCGUGCGACGAAAGCAAAAUCGAUUACAUUCCAUGUUUGGACAACUUCGAAAGGCAUUGCCCCGAUUCAACUCUCGAUUGCAUCAUCCCUAUGCCAAAUGGCUACCAGAAAUCCCUCCCCUGGCCCAGGAGCCGAGACGAGCUCUGGCUCCAUAAUGUGCCUGAUACACUCCUGGUUCAAGAUCAAGGCAGCCAGUAUUCGAUGUCGGUGAAAGAUGAUAAGAUCAGUUUUCAGGAUGGUGGAAGUGAUCACUAUUUGAACUUGGUUUCACAGAUGGUUCCUGAGAUCGGUUUCGGCCAUCAAACACGCGUUGCUUUAGACAUUGGUUCAGGGAUUGGGAGCUUUGCAGCGUCUUUGUUUAAGUACAAUGUGGUUACACUUUCGAUUGGGACGAAAGAUGUUCAUAAGAAUCAGAUUCAGUUCGCACUGGAGCGAGGCCUUCCUGCCAUGGUUGCGGGGUUUGGUGCUCGUAGGUUGCCCUAUGCGAGCCAAGCUUUUGACUUGAUACGUUGUUCAGGAUCUGGAAUUGACUGGACUGUCGACAAUGGAGUGUUGCUUCUGGAGGUGAACAGGUUGCUGAGGGCAGGACGAUACUUCGUGUGGGAAGGGCCACAAGUUGAUAGUAACCAUGAGCUCAGUUUAGAGGACCAAUGGAAAGAAAUGGGGGAUCUUGCUGCGAGAAUCUGUUGGCAACUUGUGAAGAAGGAAGGUAAUGUUGGUAUAUGGCGUAAGCCUUUGAACAACAGCUGCUAUCUUGGCCGGGAGAUUGGAGCGCAGCCACCACUGUGUAGUUCCAGCGAGGAUCCAGACAAUGUCUGGUAUGUGAAUAUGACAGCAUGCAUAACUCCAUUGCCAAAGGACGGGAGUGGAGGAAAUGUUUCUGUGUGGCCAGCACGACUUCACUCUCCUCCAGAUAGACUACAGAGUAUUGAAAUGGAUGCAAUGAUAUCGAGGAAGGAACUGAUGAAGGCAGAAUCAAGAUACUGGAACGAGAUAAUAGGGAGUUACGUUAGAGCAUUCCAUUGGAAAGAGCAGAAUUUUCGGAAUGUGCUAGAUAUGAGGGCUGGAUUCGGAGGCUUUGCAGCAGCUUUGAACGACUUGGAACUGACUUCCUGGGUUAUGAAUGUUGUUCCUGUUAAUGGCUUCAACACAUUGCCUGUUAUAUAUGACCGUGGACUCCUUGGGGUAAUGCACGACUGGUGUGAGCCAUUCGACACUUACCCCAGAUCGUAUGACCUCAUCCAUGCAGCAGGUCUAUUCUCCGACGAGAGGAAAAGGGCAAAGUGCAACUUCUCGACCAUCUUGUUGGAGAUGGACAGGAUGCUACGACCUGGUGGAACUGUGUACAUUCGAGACACCUUAGCAGUUAUUGGGGAAAUCCAUGAUGUAGCAUCCGCAAUGGGAUGGGUGGUUAUGGUUCAUGACACGAGCGAAGGACCUCAUGCGAGCUGGAAGUUCUUGGCGUGCGAGAAACAUAAAGAGUUCAUCAAAAGACCUCAAAAGGGAAGAGGGCAUGGGAAGAACAAGAAAGGCCGUAAAGAAAAGAAGGCUAAAACUGGGGACUCCCAAUUGAGAGUAUAGGGAAGUGCAGAUUCAUCAGAGCAGAAGCUGUUGCUUUUCCAAGGGAUCCAAAGGUUUUUACAUGCAUAGUGUUUUUUAAACUGUACAGAACCCAUGGGAGUUGGCUUCUAUUUCUGCAGCAAAAUCUGUUUUCUUUUCUCUGCUGGAAAUUUAUAGAAGUAAUCGCUAAGCUAGUUAGGCCAAUGUCCUUAAAAUCAAGAUUAUACUCAAUU